UGGGGAGUGGACCAUUCAACAGGACGUGCGAUUCCCUAUUGGCUGGCAGCCAAUUCGUGGGGACGACAAUGGGGUGAAGACGGUCUGUUCCGCAUUCUCAGAGGCGAAAAUCAUUGUGAAAUCGAGAGUUUCGUCAUAGGCGCGUGGGGCAAAGGCUCGAAACGACGACGGCGUUUCAAGCUACGCAAGAUGCGUCGACGAUUCCGCAAAUUGUAG